GCGGGGAAUCAAACGACAACAUACUUUUAUAAUCCUUUCAUGCGCGGACUGGAGGACACUUUUACUGUUACAUUGGUUUUAAUAUCUGAUUCCGAAGAUGGUUGAAGGUCCGGGGGUUACAUUAAACGGAGAGAAAAUCCGUGCAAAAGUUCAAAAAGGACAAAAGAUUAAGGAAAUCAAAGGCAGUUUGACAACAUCCACCAAACAUAACUCCGGGGGAAAUGCCUUCCAGAGGUUUCAUGGUUGUUCGGACACCGGGGUUGAAACGCUUGGCAAGGAGCUCUUCAUGUACUUCGGUGCAAAAGCUUUGAGAAUCCACUUUGGUAUGAAUGGAUCAAUGCGUCUAAACCCUGCCGUGAGGAAGGAGAGGACUGGCUCCGUACCCGUGCUGGAAGUACACUUGACUAACGACACUGUGUGCUUCUUUGACAGCACUGUGGAAAUAAGGUUGACUGAGGACUGUGAGCAGAGGGUGAGGGCUAUGGAGAGUCUGGAUGUGUGCUCUCCAAAGUUCAGCUUCUCCCGCUCCGAGGAGGCAGUGAGGAGCCAAAGUAGCAGAAUACUCUGUGACGUUCUCCUAGACCAAGCCGUCAUGCCGGGAGUUGGCAACAUCAUUAAAAACGAAGCCCUGUUUGACUCGGGCCUCCAUCCAGCCGUGAAGGUUAAACAGCUGACAGACGAGCAGAUCCACCACUUGGUCAAGAUGACACGGGAUUUCACUCUUCUGUUUUACAAGUGUCGCAAAUCUGGCUCUCCUCUGUACAAACAUUACAAAGUCUACAAGCGUCCCCAGUGCGGCCAGUGCUCUCGAGCCAUCACGGUCUGUCGUCUUGGAGACAACGGCAGGAUGACUUACUUCUGCGAGAGCUGUCAGACGGGUGAUCCCAGCCAGGUUGAGCUCAGUAAGCUCCCGGUCAGAAACAGUUUGAUUGGCUGGGUCUCCAAUGAGAGAACCAAUGAUUGCGUGGCUAAAAAGGAGGAAGAGGACUGGGCCUGUCAGCUGUGCACGCUCAUCAACCAGCCGACGGCCAAGUCCUGUGACGCCUGCUUCACUCCCAAACCUGAGGUCCACAAAGAUGGCACUAACACUGAGGCAACACCCUUCACCACUGAUUUGAUUAAAUACCCCUGCAAUGCCUUCACAAAGCCACAAGAGGAGCUCAAAGUCAACUGGAGGUCUGCAUUCGGGACUUCCACCCUUGUUUUCUCUGACUUGAGCAAGAAGACAAAGCCUGCAAACUCCCCUCUCUCUUCAGCCGGGAGUCAUUUGAAUUCCUUGCCGGCAGAGCGGGGUUUAUAUAAAUACAGCGUCUGCCAGGGGACAACAAGCCCCAAUUAUGCCUCUGGUGGCUGGCAGAGGAAAAGUGGCGAGCUCUCCAACGGGGAGUCGCUGGCCUCCUACAGUCACCCAUCCAAGAAAAUGAGAAUUGAUCACAGUCCCUUUCCCAGUAACAAUGCUCAAAAUGGGGCCCCCAACCCGAGUAAGCGUAAAGUAGAAGCGACAGGCCGCAGCCCUUCCACUUCUUCCAGUCCCAGCGCCCCUUGUUGUGCAUCCCACAGUCGUCCAGCCGUCCUCAGAGCGGUCCACAAGGAGGGGGAGAAUAAGGGACGACAGUUUUACUCCUGCUCGUUGCCCAGGGAGACCAAGUGCAACUUCUUUGAGUGGGCUGACACACACUUCCCCUCCUGUCAGCACGGGAAGCGCUGCUUAAUGAGGACGGUUCUGAAGCUGGGACCAAACAACGGCCGCAACUUCUACACCUGCAGCCUGCAGAAAGGGAAGCAGUGUGAAUUCUUCAAGUGGGCAGAGAAGGGACCGGGGAUAUCCAUCCUCCCUGGUUGUUAAUGUGUUUUAGCAGUGCAAUACUUCUAUAUUCAACCCUGUGGCAUAUAUGUUUAGGUAUCCCUUCAUUAGCUUGCUAAAGUUAGCAGAUUUGCAAAUUAUAUUUUAACAGAGAAUUUCUAUCAAUGUUGUAAGUUCAGAUCAUGCCCAAACACUUCAGUUAGUCCAAAAAUGUUGUACCUAUAUUUGUAUGUCCUAUUGUUGUCUGUGUGUUUCACAAGAAAAAUAAUAAAGAAUCUAAACAAACAAA